UUUGAGCUGCAGAUUUUCCUGACUCCAUCUCCUGGGAUUAUCAGUAUUGCCUGUGUUUUCUUUUUUUCCCCCCUUUAAUUUAUUUAUUUUUUUAAAAUAUGGCUGGGGGUGGUAGUGCACAAACUUAGGAGGCAGAGGCAGGUGGAUCUCUGUGAGUCUGAGGACAACCUGGUCUGUGUAGUGAGUUCCAGGACAGCCAGGACUACACAGAGAAACCCUCUCUCGAAAAACGAGAGAGAGAGAGAGAGAGAGAGAGAGAGAGAGAGAGAGAGAGAGAGAGAGAGAGAGAGGAAGGGAGGGGGAUUUAUAAACAACUUUUAAAACAUUUCCUUACAUAUUUAUGUGCUAGAGGACAACCUUCAGGUGUCAAUCUCCCUUCACUGUAUGAGUUACAGGAAUCGAACUCAGGUCACCCGGUUAGGCAGCAAGUGCUUGUUCCCACUGAGCCAUCUCGCCAGCUCUUUCUUCUCCUUCUCCUCCUUUUCUCACCUCUUUUAUGGGAAAGCACCAAGAAUUAAAGCAUGGAUGCGGGGUGACGGGCAGACCUGCCUCUCCUGCUGGCUGUUCCUCGGGUAUCUUGGGGCCAGCAUAUCACCUUCUCCUGGGGAACUUCCACUUCGCCGUACAGUCCUGUCUUGGACAUGGGGCAGAUAAUGAAAUCCAAGGAAACUUAGCCGAAUGCCCAAUGCACACGAUUCUCAAUAAUUAGCCAUUGCUGUUAUCAUUAACUUCAACUCGAUUGUUUGUUUGUUUAUUUCAAGACAAGGUUUCUCUGCAGCCUUGGCUGUCCUGGAACUCUCUCUUGUAGACCAGGCUGGCCUCUAACUCACAGAAAUCCGCCUUCCUCUCCCUCCCGAGUGCUGGGAGUAAAGGCAUAGGCCACCACCACCCGGAACUUAACAUUCUUAUAUUUCCUAUGUGCCACAUAGUGCAAGAGACACAGGAUGCCAAGAGCUUAAGAGAAACUUCUAACUUAGCACCGAAGGUAGAAAAACCAUAAAAUUAGGGGCUGGAGAGAUGGCUCAGCCAUUAAGAGCACUGACUGCUCUUCCAGAGGACCCGGGUUCAAUUCCCAGCAACCACAUGGCAGCUCACAACUGUCUGUAACUCCAGUUUCAGGAGACCCGACAAGCUCACACACGCAGGCAAAACGCCAAUGCACAUAAAAUGAAAAUAAAUUAAUUAAAAAGAAAAAGAAAAACCAUAAAAUCAUCUUCUUGACUCUUGGUACAUAAAUUUACCCUUAGCCACCUGAAUCCUAGUAGUCCAGACUCCAGCGGUCACGGGUUCUAGAAUUCUCAUUUCUUCAGCACCCCUCUGCAUUGCCUUACUUGGUUCUCAUAUUUUUGUUAGUCAGGAUCUCACUAUGUAGCCUUGCUGGCCUGGCAUUCCAGCUGGAACUCACUGAGAGAACUUGCUAUGUAGAUCAGACUGGCCUCGAACUCACUGAGAUCCUCCUACCUCAGAGAUAUUCCUGCCUCUACCUCUCAGAGUGUUGGGAUUAAAAGCACCUCCCCCCAUGCCUAGCAAUCUGUCAUUGUUUAAUUUCUAUCUGCUAGGAUCCAGGUGCUGUCCACCUCUGGGGAGGGGUCUGCUGCAAAGGGCAGGAGCUCCUAACUCCCACCAAGUAACAUUGAUCAGGAACACCGAUACCCAUCCCGAUGUAUAAUCCUUUCAACAGGGUUCAGAGCCUUUCAAGCACUUAGUUUUAAGUGCUUAGGAGAUCUCUCCAGCUGUUUUAUUUGGGACACAGCCUACAAACUGUAACCUGGCCCACCCAGGUUUCCAAAAAGCCUUCAGAUAAGAACCACUGGGGAGAUUGUUGAAUAUGCAGAUCACCACACCCUCUCUCCCAAUUCUAAUUCUGAAGUCUAGAGGGAAGUGUGGAGCCCAGGAUUUAACAAACAGCCCAGGAGACUGGCAUCCGAGGGCAAGUCCAGACAUGGUGCUCAGCACUAUGGGUCUGCAGCUGGGACUAGAGGGGAAGCUCAGUUCCUAUGGGUCCACCUAGCAGGCAUGAAGUCAUAGGUUCAAUCCCACUACCAGGACACCUGCAAUGUAAGCUGAGUACUUAGGAGGUGGAGGCAAGAGGAUCAAAUUUUAAGGUCAUCCUCAGCUACAAAACGAGUUCAAGGCUAGCCUGGGCUACAAGAAACCCUGUUGGGGGAAAAGAAAAAUGCUUGGGCCAAGCUAUGAUAUUGAGUGGGAGGUCAGGAUAAACCAGCUGGUGUGCAGGUCACCAGGACCUGUGGUAGCCUGCAACCUGAGGCUCCUUCUAGCUCCUACAAGAUCAUGCAGGUCACCAGGACCUGUGGUAGCCUGCAACCUGAGGCUCCUUCCAGCUCCUACAAGAUCAUGCAGGUCUGCAGGCCCCAGGGAGCCUCCGUUCCCUUUAACAUCUGCUCACAUCUCAGGCUGUGCAAAGUACCCAGCACAUAGUAGGUGUUCAGUAAAUGUUAGCCAGCUGCUAAUGUGCUAGUUGUAGGCUUGAAAAGGACGGGGUGGGGGUGGGGAGCAGCUAAAGAGAAAGCCAGCAAUAGUCGAGGAAAACAGGGGGCGGACUUCGGGACAGGAAUUUACAUUUCUUUAAAAGGUAAUUCCAAUCCUGCCUUGCCUUUUGAGAACACAAAGCCUAGGAUCUUUCCAAUCCCAAAAUUCUCUUCUUAAGGACUCCAUCCCUAUGAAACAAUCAUUUGUACAGUGUGAAAAAAAUGUUCAUCCUCUUAACAUAAAUAACACCCCUUAUGAAUGUGACAUUUUUAUUAUACUGAGUACCACACAAACAAAUACGACUGAUUUGAGAGUUCCUUGAUUGAGAAAAUAAAAGUCGUUUAAUUCCGUCUGGGCAGACAAGGUCAGCAUCAGGCCUCAGGGAGAUGGAGCAGUCGUCUUGAGAGUAACUAAGGGCCCUGCCACUCUUGGCAGGAGAUGCAGCCAGCAGGCCCCAGUUUUUCCCCCACUUUUGGAAAACUCUGGUAGCAAGCAGGGAAGGGCCUGUCACCACCCAAAACACCUGGGUGAGCUCUAGCUGGGCCUCCCUCUGCUCCCCAGGAGGGCGCUUUGGUAUUUGAAGCUGACAUUCGUCACCAAGGCGCUUCCUCUAGAUCUCACCUUCGUUCUCCCAAAUUCCCCAUACCCAGUACCUGCCAAGGAAGGCUGCACCCCAAGCAGGUCUGGUGCUACCCAAGAACAGAGGAUCGCCCCCUCCACCCCAGCACUCCCUACGUGAUUUUGGAUGAGCUGAAAAAGAGAGGAUCACCAGGGGUCCAGGAGAGGAAGAGUAAGGAAGCCAUUGUUGUGGUUCUGGGCUUGAAACCGGGGCUCCAACACACCUCCAGCUCAGCGGAGCACCAUUCACAACAGGUUAACAGCCUGCUGGCUCAGCAGUAAGACUUUCUGAGGUAGAGGUGGCAAGGUGCGGGGGCAGCCCAGACUCAGUCUCUGUAUCCAAGCCCCCCACCCCAAUUUAUCAGUCACAUCUCAUCACAUCACACCUUCCCCCGGCAGGGGCUCCCCUGCCCUGCCCCGCCAGGGGAGUUCUAGGUUCUUAAAGGCCUCUCAGGAGGGAGGAAGGGAGGGGGCGGGGCGGCGGUGGCUGAGAUAUAAGGGACCCAGGCGCGGUUUGCGGGUCCAUCUAGCCCACCAUGAGUGCCCACUGCCUCCCUAUCCUUCUUCUCCAUGCCUGGUGGGCUCUACUCCAGCCGCGCGCCGCGACGGUGGCCGCCUUUCCUCUGUGGACACGGGGUCAGCCCUCGUCACCAUCCUCUCUCGCAUACAUGCUGAGCCUCUACCGAGACCCGCUGCCUCGGGCGGACAUCAUCCGCAGCCUCCAGGCGCAAGAUGUGGAAGUGAGUGGGCAGAACUGGACCUUCGCUUUUGACUUCUCUUUUCUGAGCCAAGAAGAGGAUCUGGCAUGGGCGGAGCUCCGGUUGCAAGUGCCGGGCCCUGUGGACCUCCCCACCGAGGGCCCACUCACCAUUGAAAUUUUCCACCAGGCAAAGCUGGACCCAGAGCAGGACCCAAGCGACUGCCUGGAGCGAGUUCGGAUGGAGCGGUUCACGAUCACCCGGUCUCAGGUGACUUUUUCCUCAGAUAGCACUGUCCUGGAGGUGACCAGGCCACUCUCCAAGUGGCUAAAGGACCCCAGGGCACUGGAGAAGCAGAUAUCCAGUCUGAAAGGAAAGUGCUGGCGUCAGCCCCACAUCCCACCCGUCUCUGUCACCAGCGCCAACGUGCUCAUGCUCUACUCCAACCGGCCUCAGGAGCAGAGGCAGCUGGGUGGCGCCACUUUGCUCUGGGAAGCUGAAAGUUCCUGGCGGGCCCAGGAGGGACAGCUGUCUGAAGAGAGGGGCCGAUGGGCCAGAAGGCACCGGAGACAUCACUUGCCAGACAGAAGUCAGCUGUGUAGGAGGGUCAAGUUCCAGGUGGACUUCAACCUGAUUGGCUGGGGUUCCUGGAUCAUCUACCCCAAACAGUACAACGCCUAUCGCUGUGAGGGCGAGUGUCCUAACCCUGUGGGGGAGGAGUUUCACCCUACCAACCACGCCUACAUCCAGAGCCUGCUGAAACGCUACCAGCCCCACCGGGUCCCUUCCACAUGCUGUGCCCCUGUGAAGACCAAGCCACUGAGCAUGCUCUAUGUGGACAAUGGUAGGGUGCUCCUGGAGCACCACAAGGACAUGAUUGUGGAGGAGUGUGGGUGCCUCUGACAGAGCCAGGGGAGUGCUGAAUCAGCUUGCCCUCCACAAUGCUGAACUCCGGGGAGACCCCAUAGUGUCUAUCGGGGAGCAGAAAUGGAAGGGCUCUGCCAGCCAGAGCGGAAGAGGAAGGCCUGCCCCCUGUGCAUACGGGGCUCUGAGACCUGCCAGGCCAGAGGCUACUGCAGGGAGGCAGGAAUGGGGGCUGGCUGGGCUCCCUGGAAAUAGGGGUUAUGAACUGAGCGAGUGCUUUUUAAACUUUGAAGCCCUUGAAAUGGUGUGCAAAGGCUGGGGUAUAUAUAUGUAUUUAUUUUUGAGGCCAUCUGUAGCUUUCCUGUAUUCUUAAAAGCGGUCUGUGACCCACUGUCCCUCCCUAAAGAUCAGUAUAAUUUUAUUAGAUUAAAACUAGCCAUUUGAGCCGGGCGGUGGUGGCGCACGCCUUUAAUCCCAGCACUCGGGAGGCAGA